AUGGGAUUUUUACAAAGUCGAUGCGAUAAUUCUCUUUUUACAUAUCAUCACGGGGGUGACAUAGCAUACCUAUUGAUCUAUGUCGAUGAUAUUAUUCUCACCACUUCAUCAGAUUCUCUUCGAUUGAAACUCAUGGGCAGCCUCGCGGCUGAAUUUGCAAUGAAAGAUCUUGGACCUCUCAGCUAUUUCUUGGGUAUUACGGUUACUCGUACUGGUUCCCAAAUGUUUCUCUUGCAACAAUCUUAUGCUCUUGACAUUGUCAAUCGAGCGGGCAUGGCUACAUGCAACCCUGUCGCAACUCCUGUGGACACGAAACCAAAGCUUAGCACAACAUCUAGUGUUCCUUUUGAUAACCCCACAUUAUACCGAAGCCUUGCUGGUGCGCUUCAGUAUCUCACGUUUACUAGGCCUGACAUCUGUUAUGCGGUUCAACAAAUUUGCAUUCAAAUGCAUAACCCCAGCUCCGCUCAUUUGAACGCUUUGAAGCGUAUUAUUCGUUACAUUCGCGGCACAGCCACUUAUGGUCUCACUCUCUCACCAUGUUCUGACAUCUCUCUUUGA